AUGAAGGAAUUACCCAUGCGCGCUCAGGCGCCCUUCCGUCGCCGCCCCUUCCGAGUCGGUCGCUUGGUCCUUCCAGUUCUUAUCGUGAUAGGCUUCCUCUGGUUUACAUCCGACUACCAUACACCCCAGUCAAAAUACAUUGUUGAAUUCCACGGAGAGCCGCAACUCGCUCAAUCCCAAUGGGAUCGAUUAGAUGCGCAUCUACAAAAAUGUGAAGAGUACAAUAGGCCGCUGGUAUCUUACGCGCUCCCAGUCUCUGCGAAUCGCAGUAACCCGCGGUGGAACCCAGUUUCUGGCCAGUCGCAGACUACAGUUUUGCGAAAUGUGACUCUUUUCGAUGGAGAUAGUAUUUCUGCGGAGCCAGUUGAUAUUCUCUUUGAAGAGGGUGUUGUACGGUCUAUCUCAUCGACGAGUGCUAAUGAUAUUGAGAUUGACUCCCACACCGUCGUUCGUCACUAUAACGGCGAGUUUGUCACGCCAGGUCUAGUGGAUAUGCACUCGCAUCAUCUGGCUCUUAGCUGGCCAAUCCUCAGUGUCUCCAAAGAUGAGAAUGAAAUCAAUCCUGAGACCGGACCUCUGACACCCAUGGUCCGAUCACUUGAUUCCUUAAAACCGUAUGAUAUUGCUACUACUAUCAUUGCAUCCGGCGGUGUCACUACCUCGCUCAUUCUUCCCGGCUCAGCAAACAUUAUGGGCGGUGAAGCUUUCCCCGUUAAGAACUUGCUUAGAGGUGGAGAGCACAGUGAAGAAGUCGUUGAAGAUUUGCUUCUUGAACACGGAAUUCCCAAAGAGGAUCGACGCCGUUAUUUGAAGAUGGCCUGUGGUGAGAAUCCCAAAAGAGUAUACCACCAUACUAGGAUGGGCAAUGCUUGGAAAUUCCGUCACCAUAUGGCACGGGCUAAAGAUUUGCGGGAGAGCCAGGAUGCGUGGUGUGCUGCUGCUACAAUUGCGAAACAGAAUAGAGACUCCUCUGCUGCGGCAGGUUUACUUGCUGACGGCCCAAGUGGGAAGGGAGGACUACCGGAAGAGCUUGAAUUGGAUUCGACUGUUGCUAUGCUGAGAGGGAAGAUUAACAUCAAUGUGCAUUGUUAUGAGCCCGAAGACUUUGAGGAUAUGCUUCUUCAUAGUGAAGAGUUUGGCUUUCAUAUCCAAGCAUUCCAUCAUGCUUUGAGUGCAUGGAAAGUGCCUGAAUUAAUCAAGAGUAGUGGACAGAACAUUACAGUCGCGACAUUUUCCGACUUUAGCCUAUACAAAAAGGAAGGAUACGAGGGCAAUUUGCAGGCUGGUAAAAUUCUGGCUGAGCAUGGCGUACCACUUGCCUUUAAAUCGGAUCAUGUCGAGCCAAACACCAAUGCCAGAUAUCUCCUGUCUCAAGCUGCCACUGCACAUUCAUUUGGACUUCCGGAAAUUCUUGCUUUGCAAUCAGUCACCAGUGUUCCAGCAAGGUCUUUGGAGCUGCACCAUCGCGUUGGUUACACAAAGCCUGGAUAUGAUGCAGACCUAGUAGUUUGGAAUGAGCAUCCAUUAUCUGCUGGCGCAUCUCCGCUGCAAGUAUACAUUGACGGCAGAUCUACGCUGGAGGAGACGGCCAAGCAUUCAGAGCCUGCCGUAGUGCAAAAGCCCAGCAUGCGUGCAGAAACUGCACCCGAAGAUGUUCAAUCAUUUUGCUCGGAUCCAAAGCAUGGUGUUACGGUACUUAUCACCGGUAUCAGUUCUUCUUAUUUGGAAAGUGAACACGUCAAGCAGUCUUCGGAAGGAAACUUGACAAUGGUCCUGACGAAUGGAAAAGUUGAUUGCUUCGGAGAACAUGCCGAAUGCGCCUCAAUCAAGUCAUUUGACAAAGUCAUCUCUCUCCGCAACGGGCAUGUCCUCCCCGGAUUGACCACAAUAUCUAAUGGUCUAGGACUCGUUGAGAUAUUAUCAGAGGACAGCACUGCUGAUGGAGCUGAUGACUCCAAAGUAAAUAUAUAUGACCCAGAGUCCGCUGUAUAUGCUAAAUACGGCAUUCACUUUGAAGGGAAAACUUUUGAUCGAUCACGUAUUGGAGGCGUCACUCGUUCGAUUACGUAUCCAGCCACAGACGGGUUUUUGAAGGGCGUCAGCACUGGUAUUAAGACAUCUGAAGGUAGCAAUCCUCUCAAUGGCGGGAUAUACAAGGAUGAUGCCGCUCUACAUUUCGUGGUUGGGCAGGAAGCAAAGGGCUCAACUCAAACACCGACUGUAUCCAAGUCUGUUGCUGCUCUACGGAAGAUACUCUCGCAGAACAAGGGCAAGGAUACUUUAUAUGGAAAGGCUGCUGAUGGGAAGAUUGCGGUUGUCGUUCAUACUGAGAACAAGUACGACAUUCUGCAAAUAAUUAAGAUUAAGAAAGAUUAUCCCAAAGCGAGAUUGGUGGUGUAUGGCGCUGCUGAAGCACCAAGUGUCGCCGAUGAAAUUGCCACGGCUGGUCUUCCUCUGAUUUUCACCGCUGCUCAUUCUGCGCCAGUGACCUGGGAGAGCAAAGAUCUCUUUGUCGGGCCACCGUUGACAAUCUCCCCGGUACAAGUUCUGGUGGAGUCGGAUGUCAACUUUGCACUUGCGUUGCUUCCUGGAUUUGACUGGCAUAUCGCAAAUCUUCCGGUAGAAGCAGCUGCAAUCGCCAAAGAAGCAGGUCUCGAAGCUAAGGAGGUUGUGAAUCUAUUCACCAGAAAGAUUGAUGAUAUUCUUGGCUUUGAGGGUUCAGAGAGGAACACCGACUUUGUGAUUUGGGAAGGAAACCCAUUGGAGUACGGAGCUAAUGUAGUCUUGACAGUUGACGGGGAUGACAAGGCGAUUGUUGGAUGUUGGCCGGAGGCGCAAUAA